GGAGGGUGCUGUGCCCUCCCGGGGGCUGAGCAAGAGAGACACAGCCUCCCACUGCCGAGAGCUCAGAUAACUUUGGAGGGCACUGCAGGACUCAGCCCAGGCUUCCCAUGCAAUCGAAACCACUGGCCUCUCCUGAUCCACACACGGGGCCUGGAGAAGAAAGAGCAAAAUCUCUGUUGUAAAAGGUCAGCUGUACAUUUUCUCCUGAGUCUGACUGAAUUCUACAGCUGGGUGAACUUUACUUCAAAGUCUUUGCCGCCCAUGCACAGGUCCCUGGGGACAGAUGGAGUCUGUGGGUUACUCGCUAUCCAGGAUCUGGAUGCUUUUCUUGCUGUUCUGGCUGGGACAAGGCAGGCAGAUGGCUCCCCCAGGUUUUGUGCAGAGCAGUUGCCGCUCCAGGAUUUUUUGGAUGAAACUGAAUAAACUCUUGCUCCAGGGAAAGUUCUUCCAGCUGGAAAUCAAUGAUCCUUAUGCCGGCCCUGUUCUGCUGGAUGAGAAACUGGCGUCUCGCUGUGGCUACGUCCUCUCAGAAGAUGUGUGGGGCAACCCCGUCUUCCGUGCGUCGGUGCUUGGCUGCCACGUGGCCAAUGAGGCAGAUGAGCUGUUUUCACUGACUGUGAACAUCAAGGUCUCCUCAUUUGCAAGCAUGAGGGCAGCUGUGACCUACACCUACCCUAUGUACUGCUCUUACUCCUCCUGGGCUCCAAGAGAAAUUGUGUGUGAAGAAAACUACAUGGAGGUGUCCGUGAAGACUGAUGUCCCUGCAGUUUCAAAUGACUACACCGUCGCAUGGAUGUCAGCCCUGCCAGAGACUCAAAAUGUUGCAUACCAGCUAUGGCAACUGAUGUUUGUUUCUCCAUCAGGGAGAAAGAGAAUAAUGGUAAGCGAUGCAGCAAAACUGGGCUACAGCUUCAAUAACACGCUGUACCGCGUGUACCUCCGUGCACCCUACCACAGCAAUGAGUCUGACAUCAGCACAGUAAAUGGUGUAAAUAUGAACUUGGUCACCUCCACUUCCAUGUACAGGCAGCGGUGGCUGCUUAUGCUGAUUGACACAACUGUCUCCUGUCCUCUUGAUGGUAUCAGUUUCACUGACACUACGCUAACAUGGACUGUGCCAAGUGUUAUCCCAACGUUAGUGCUUCAAGAAUCCACCUUUUUGUCAAAAAACAUUGCAAUGGGAGUCGAUGGCCAAGUCAUAGUAAACCCAGAGGAGAACAACUACUUACUGGAGCACAACAAGACACACAUUGGAAUAACGAUCCCUAUUGGAGCAGAAGGAGGCAAACUAAAGAGCUCUGUAUCUUGUGGUGUAUAUGGAAUCAUUUACAGUAUUGACUUGUUCUUGGAGCACACAUGGACAGAUGCAGACUGGCAAACCACUAAAUAUACCAUCAUCAAAUCCAUCACUACCCCUUUCAUGCCACAAAUACCAACUGUUAUCAACAAUACUCUGCCAGAGGAAAGGAUAUUUAAUAUUGCAUUUGGACACUUUCUUCCUGAUGUCUCCCUGGUGUCAAUCACAAUAGGAAAUGUGCCAUUUACCCUCAGAGAAGCACAGCACCAUGGGUAUAAGAUUUAUGAAACUUCUUUUUCAAAUGGAACAAAAGGAUUUAUCCUGGAAGUCUCUUUUGAUGACCCAUGUGUUCUAAAGGAGUACGUGAAUAGAAAUGAAACAAAAUAUACCCUCCUUGUUAACUACACCCUAAGCGUGGGUCCGGAGAUGGUGCUCUAUUACCAUUCUGCAGAGGUGGAAUGCGUGAUUGCUGAUAUUGUAAUACCAGAAGCAACUGGCUACUGCGAUGAAGAAAACCUGUACCUAGCCAUUCCCGUUUUUGGCCUGCACCAGUACUGGAACCUGUAUCUUGGUGCCAAGCUUCUGAACCAGCACACGGCGCUCACAAAUGGGUACCUUGCAGCUAGCAACUCGACCCACCUGGUCCUGCAAAUACCUCUCUUUGCUGUGGGAGUUAUCUAUGAGGAAGUGUCCUUUCAGAAAAUUAAAGCAAGGUUCGAUGUUGCCCUAAGGAAAGUGAGAACUAUGGAGACCUUACAGAUAUUCUCCGUUAGCUGCAAUUUUAAUCCCUCAGCAUUUAUAAUAUGCCACCCAGAUGGUACUAUAAUGAUAUCUGCUCAGAUGAAGACAGUUCCUGCCAUUGAUAUGAGUAAAACCAAACUAAGGGAUAGCUCAUGCAAGCCUAAAGAGUAUAACAAAGGACAUGCCUUCUUCAUGUUCCAUGUCACCACCUGUGGCACUUCAGUAAGGUUUGAAGGUGAUCACAUUGUUUAUGAAAAUGAAAUCUCUUACGAGAGAGAGACUCUUCCAGGCCAGAGCCAGCCGAAAAUCACAAGAGAUCCAGACUACAGAUUAACAGUCUCGUGCUACUACCGAGCAAAAGAGACCGUGAUGCUAGGUGCCUUCGUUAGUGAGCCAUCCACAUCACGUCCUUUUGGCUCCGGUACAAUGGUGCCAAGAUCAAAUAUUGCAGUAUACAGAAGGAUAAGAAAAGCCCUGAAUGUAGUUUCAAGAGUGUCCAAAAAUGAGUCUUUCAUGGAUUUCUAUGAGCCUGAUGAGGCGAUACUCAAGCAACCCAUGGAGUCUGUGUUUCUCGAGGUGGAGCUGAAAGAUGAGAGCCCUGAUGCUGAGUUAUACCUGGACAACUGCUGGGUGACGGGGUCUCUGGACUUCAACAGCGCCCCAAGAUGGAACAUCGCCAUGGAUGGGUGUGAGAUUAAAAGCAGUGAGUAUGUUGCAGAGUUCCUCUCAGUAGCUGCUAGCCCCAGAGUGAGACACCCUUCUCAUUUUAAAAGGCUAGCAGUGAGGACCCUGACACAUCAGCUGGAACAGGUGUAUGUGCACUGUUUGGUGGCCGUCUGCUCUCCUAGCAGCCCCUGCAGAGGACAGUGUAGCCCAAGAAAGGAGAGGAAGGGUCACCGUUCAGCCAGCCUCCAGGGUUACGUACUUGCUGGACCAGUCCAGAUUGUCGAUCCAGAUCUAAGAUGAGGCACAUAAACUGAAUUUGCACCUGAAGGCUCUGCUGUGCUGGCUGCUUUAUAAAUGUGCAGCUAGACAUGGGAAUUACCUUUUACAGUGAUCACUAGGAUUAUCUUGCUUGAAGUGAAAAGUCCAGACUGUGGGACUCAGGACAGCUCUACAACACUGGAAAGUGCGAGGGUUUGCCAACAGGAUUAGCCGAUGUUGUAACCUGUUGCCUUUCUGAAGUGGCUACACAAGAAAACUUGCCAGAAAAUAACCCAAAGCUUCAAAAUAACACUUCUUGUUUCUUCCAGCUGUUGAAAUAUGGACUUGCAGAUCACUAAAAUUAUUCCAAUCCUGAUUAUGGCUGCUUCUUGUAAUACUUCAUAAAGUGACUGCCAAUCCCCCCAUAUGAAUGUCAAGUGCAAAUCUGAAAAGUCAAAUAAAAAUACAUACAAAGCAA